AGAGGGAUGCGGGCGGCAGAGCGCGAGAGGCGGCUGCUGGGCUGCUGGGCGCAGUGACUGUUCCUCCACCCAGUCUCCCCGCGCUUCUCUCCCUUGCUUGCCGGCUUCCUCCUCUCCUCUGCUCCCAGCCUUCCGUCUCCUCCUGCUCCUCAGUUGACCAGAGCCCUCUCCCUUAUGGCAGCGACUCUCCGCGACUCCGGCGCAGCUUCUCAGCGGACGACCCUCUCGCUCCCCAGGCUGAGCAGGGUCCCUGGAUGUUGCUGAAACUCUGGAGAUCAUGCGCGGGUUUGACCCCUGCUUUCCCGCCGGGUGUCCCUGCCGCUGCCACCGCCUCUGCUGCCGCGGUCCGCGGGAUGCUCAGUAGCCCGCUGCUUGGCCCCUGCGAUCCGGUGUUCUUCAGAAGCCUUUUGCUGCUGCAGAGUUGUGCGAACUAGUCAUGGUGCUGUGGGAGUCCCCGCGGCAGUGCAGCAGCUGGACACUUUGCGAGGGCUUUUGCUGGCUGCUGCUGCUGCCGGUGAUGCUGCUUAUCGUAGCCCGCCCGGUGAAACUCGCUGCUUUCCCUACCUCCUUAAGUGACUGCCAAACGCCCACCGGCUGGAACUGCUCUGGUUAUGAUGACAGAGAAAAUGAUCUCUUCCUCUGUGAUACCAACACCUGUAAAUUUGAUGGGGAAUGUUUAAGAAUUGGAGACACCGUGACUUGCGUCUGUCAGUUCAAGUGUAACAGUGACUACGUGCCUGUGUGUGGCUCCAAUGGGGAGAGCUACCAGAAUGAAUGCUACCUGAGGCAAGCAGCCUGCAAACAGCAGAGUGAGAUACUUGUAAUCUCAGAAGGAUCCUGUGCUACAGAUGCAGGAUCGGGGUCUGGAGAUGGAGGCCAUGAAGGCUCUGGAGAAACCAGUCAAAAGGAGACAUCCACCUGUGACAUUUGUCAGUUUGGUGCAGAAUGUGAUGAAGAUGCUGAAGAUGUCUGGUGUGUAUGCAACAUUGACUGUUCUCAAACCAACUUCAAUCCCCUUUGCGCUUCUGAUGGGAAAUCUUAUGAUAAUGCAUGUCAAAUCAAAGAAGCAUCAUGUCAGAAACAGGAGAAAAUUGAAGUCAUGUCGUUGGGUCGAUGUCAAGAUAACACAACUACCACCACUAAAUCUGAAGAUGGGCAUUAUGCACGAACAGAUUAUGCAGAAAAUGCUAACAAAUUAGAAGAAAGUGCCAGAGAACACCACAUACCUUGCCCAGAACAUUUCAAUGGCUUCUGCAUGCACGGGAAGUGUGAACACUCCAUCAAUAUGCAGGAGCCGUCUUGCAGAUGUGAUGCUGGUUAUACUGGACAACACUGUGAAAAAAAGGACUACAGUGUUCUCUACGUUGUUCCUGGUCCUGUACGAUUUCAGUACGUCUUGAUUGCAGCUGUGAUUGGAACAAUUCAGAUUGCUGUCAUCUGUGUGGUGGUCCUCUGCAUCACAAGGAAAUGCCCCAGAAGCAACAGAAUUCACAGACAGAAGCAAAAUACAGGGCACUACAGUUCAGACAACACAACAAGAGCGUCCACAAGGUUAAUCUAAAGGGAGCAUGUUUCACAGUGGCCGGACUACCGACAGCUUGGACUACACAAUACAGUAUUAUAAACAAAAGAAUAAGACAAGAGAUCUACACAUGUUGCCUUGCAUUUGUGGUAAUCUACACCAAUGAAAACAUGUACUACAGCUAUAUUUGAUUAUGUAUGGAUAUAUUUGAAAUAGUAUACAUUGUCUUGAUGUUUUUCUGUAAUGUAAAUAAACUAUUUAUAUCACACAAUAUAGUUUUUUCUUUCCCAUGUAUUUGUUAUAUAUAAUAAAUACUCAGUGAUGAGAAAAAAUGGCAUUCUUAAAUUUGCAGUAUUUCAUAACUGUAAAUAUAGUCCAUCUAGUACAAUCUACACAGGUACCAGUAUUGCUUCUUUCUGCACAUCUUCAGAUGACAUAUUAGUUUGUACAGGAUUCAGUAGUUAGGUUUUGAGUGAUUCCAAGAUCAAGGGAAAUGAUGGUUAUUGGGAAAGAGAAAGACAAUUUUCUUUAUUGAGUGAACAAAAAGUAUUUCAGAUCUUUGAAUCAUCUCUAUUUCAUCUACUUUCUUCCCUGUCUUCCAUUUUCAUUCCCACAGCAGAAAAAUAUCUCGCAUAUAAAUUAAAUAAAAGAAGGGGGGAGAAAGUGUUUUAUAACUCAAAUCAGAAUG